CUAUUUCACACUAUAUGCGAAACUAGAAACGCCGAAAAAACUCAUGCACACAAAUCAUCUUUGUGUAAAUGGUGUGACUAACGAGAGUUGACCGAGAGUUUCUGCUACAAAGUUCUAGAUAAGUUUUUUAAAAUGUUGGAAGUAUCAAGUUUUAUAUUUGUCCUAUUUCUUAAGUUAACUAAUCAAAUCCAGUUUGAAGUGACAAGUGACAAUAAUGUGACGAACAGACAACAAUUUUAUCCAAAUGUAGUUCAAUUACAGUUUCAGUAUCGCCCUGACCUGGGUGGUCCGUGGCAAAAUAGUCAGGCGUCGUGGGGACGACCUGUUUUCUCCACCAACAACCCAAUCAUGUUUAACGGUCCCGUGGUGUCAAGCAAACCUUUGGUAGGGGUUGGUUCCGCAACUCCCGUAUUACAAUUUCCAGGACCAGUUAACAACAACGCCUACAACAAUAAUGUCAACAAUGUGAGCAGCAGUUCAGAAGAGCCAAUGAAUCUGCAGAGUCAAAAUAUACGAGACAAAAACGCGAAUUCUGGGUUUAAGUCCACCAAUACUUGCAAAUGUGGCAUUGAUAAGACGGCUCACAAUUCUUUAGUGAGAAUUACUGGAGGAAUACUUUCCAAAGAAAAUGCAUGGCCUUGGGUUGCAGCAAUUGUCUAUGUUGGUGGAAAUUCUCCGUUUUGGUUUUGUGGUGCCAGUUUAAUAAAUGAUAGGUAUCUGAUAACGGCUGCACAUUGUCAGCGGACAAUGCGUCGCAGAGGAAUAUCCAAUAUUAGGAUACUUAUGGGAACAAAUGGAAUACCCACAAAAACUGAUAAGUCGCAACUAUUCGAAAUUGCAGACUUAAAGACACAUCCUUUGUAUAAACCCAACAUUGAAGAAUACGACAUUGGAUUGAUAAAACUAAAGCAUAAAGUAACGUUUUCUGACAAGAUUUCGCCAAUCUGCCUCACGCAACGAGGAUCUCCUUUUACAGAUAAAAUGGCGAUCGUAGCCGGAUGGGGUUCGAUAAAAUAUGGGGACAACCCUCCGGACAAUUUGCGUGAGGUUGAGAUCAAAGUAGUGACAAAUGCCUUGUGUCAGAGGGAAUACUUGUACAACUACGGAACCAGAAUUACCUCUGCAAUGUUAUGUGCAUGGCUUCCAGGAAAGGAUUCCUGUCAAGGGGAUUCCGGCGGAGCUCUAUUUUUGAAAGACUCAGGCUCACAAGCAUACACACAAAUCGGAGUUGUAUCUUUCGGACCUCCGCAAUGCGGUGAGACGCGAAUUCCUGGGGUUUAUUCACGAGUAGCGUCGGCUUCCAGGUGGGUCCAAGCCAACACGAAGGACGCCGUUUACUGCGAAGGAUCCUUUUGAUAAGAGACCGAGACUUUGGAACUAUUUUUUACUAGUCAAUCUUAAUGCAUGCAUGUACAUAUCUGUUAAUAGAAUUAUGAUUACUACUUUGUGUCAAUUCAAAGCAUGAAUAAUAAAGUAAAGGUCUAAUGUA